CCUACCUACCUACCUACCUACCUUGACCAACAUGGGCAACGCUCAGUCGGGCAAUACGGUGGUUGUCAACGAAGGCCCUCCGGCCGCGGGCGGCAACAAUGCCAACAAUGCCAACAACGCCAACAACCAGCCCGCAGGCCCGCCAGCCGCCGCUCCGGCUGGUGCGACCGAGGCCGAGACGGACGCUAUCACCAACGCGAACACCAUCGCUAAUUCUGGGGCUGGAGAUGCGGCGCCGGCAGGUGGAGCAGUUGUCCGACCGCAGGAGACGUACACCACGACCAUCUCGUGCCAGUUUACGGUCAAGAAGGAGACGUUUGUGUUCAAGCCGGUCGACGACGGCGCACAGGGCGGCAGCGGCGGAAAAGUCCUCGACGAGGAGGCCGGGCAGGUCCGCGGCAAGCCAAGCUCAGGAGCAGCGUCGGGCGCGGCGCGGGUCAACGCGGCGGCGACGGCGCAAGGCUUCUCCACCGCAGGAUUUGGCGGCAUGUCGGUAGAGGAGUACAACCGGCGCGCAGGCAAAGAGGUGGCGACCGGCUCAGACUCGUCGCUGACCGAGGGCGAGAGUGAGCAGGAGGAGCAGGCUGACGACGCGGACGGGGGCGAGGCUGGCGCGCCUGCCAGCGCGCCCGCCGGCUCGGGCUCGGACGCUGCCGAGCCGGACCGCCGGCCGUACUCGCUCUCGUUCCAGUUUGACGCCUCUGUCGACACCGUGGUGAGCGUGUACUACAUGGCACGGCCGACGACCGAGCGCACGCCUGGGACCUUUGACGACCUCUUUGAGACUAUCGGGAGCGUGACUGUGCCCAAGCUCGAGUUUUCGGCCGGCAUGGACGUGCAAUACGCGGUGCCGGCCGGCCACGAGUUUGUGCCUGCGGCGUACGACGAGGCCGAGCUGGUCAAGACCUCGGCGAUGGUGGCCUAUCCGGUGGUUGUUGUGGCCGAGACCGCGCCGAUGGCGGUCCACCAGGGCGUGCAGCAUCAAGUGAUGACCACGUACUGCACGCUGACCGCCACCGGCGGGCGGUACGCCAUCCGAGUCCUCAAGCAGAUAGUCCAGAUUGCCGACUGCUACUACCUCCUGCACGAUAUCUUUGGCGUCGUCAACGACGACGACGACGAGUCGAACGAGUGUGUGGUGUGCAUCACCGAUCCGCGCGACACCGCGGUGCUUCCCUGCCGCCACCUUUGCCUCUGCGCGCCAUGCGCCAAGCAACUCCGCCAGCGCUCCAACCGCUGCCCGAUCUGCCGCGUCCCCUUCCAGUCGCUCCUUCAGUUCAAGCUCUCCAAGCUUCCGUCCGAAGACUCCGACUCGGACCCCGACAGCGACAUUGGUCAUCGCCACUCGGGAGAGCCUUUCGACUCGGACGGCGAUGGCGAAGGCGGCGUCGUCCUCAACGACCUGACCGCAAACCCGCAGACUGUCCCCGUCUGAUUCUUAUCCGAUUGUUGCCUAUGAUCUACUCUCACCAUCAUACACACACACACACACACACACA